CACAUAGCCUACCUGCUGCCACAUACCUGCUCCACAUUUAUUCAUGUCAGAAAGCACCACCGGCCACUAUGUGGACGAGGCAUGAGAGCAGAAAUUAAAGGAAGUCAGCUCAUGGCAGUGAAGUUUCUUGCCCAUCGGAUAUGUCUGUAUACAUAACCUACAGGAGUCAAGUGAAAUUUAAUAUGCGCUCAGCAUGGAUCCACUACAAGUGACGUGCUCGCAUGGAUAUAAUUCGUCGUUAUAAUUGAACGAUUGCUUCAACUUAUUCAUUUAGAUCAACUUUCCCUGACCGCUCCUGCUGGAUUGGAGGUUUGUGGUGUCAGCUAUGGGAGAGAUCGGGACGUUUUUACAGAGCCUGGAGGGUUUCGGACAAGUCGGAUCACAGUUCUUUCUACCACCUCUAGGAGAAAACCUCGGGCUGUUGAAUGAUCAUUUAGUUCCAGCAGAGAGACUGUCACUGAGCACCUCCGCAGAUCUAACGCACUUGAAAGGGAUCCUGCGGAGAAGACAGUUGUACUGCAGGACUGGAUUUCAUCUUGAAAUACUCCCGGAUGGCAGCGUGCAGGGCACGAGAAAGGACCACAGUCGUUUUGGUAUUUUGGAAUUCAUAAGCCUUGCUGUUGGAUUAAUAAGCAUCCGUGGAGUGGACAGUGGUCUCUACCUUGGGAUGAACGACAAGGGAGAACUUUACGGCUCUGAGAAACUCACAGCAGAAUGUGUCUUCCGUGAGCAGUUUGAGGAGAAUUGGUAUAACACAUACUCUUCUAAUCUCUACAAGCAUGGGGAGAGAGGAGCACGAUAUUUUGUGGCUCUCAACAAGGACGGCACGCCACGUGAUGGGACAAAAUCUAGGAGACAUCAAAAGUUCACUCAUUUUCUUCCAAGACCAGUGGACCCUGAAAAAGUUCCAGAACUUUACAAAGAAGUGCUUGGAGUGCUGAGACCAUCAGUCCCAGUUAAGAGCUGAGAGGGAUGUCCAUUUUUUCUCUACAUGACGUGGAGAUGCUAAUGUUCGGCCACAGUGUCCAACCUGAGAUCUGCUCUGGAAUUGCAAAGGCCAGUACUGAUGGUGAAGAGAACAGUCUCCAAAGACUCCCUUUGUGUGAAAGCCAAGCUGCAGUUGGUGUUUUUGUUGCUGGUUGUAACAGACUACUAGCAUAACAUGUCCAUGAAAACCAAAAACUGAGGUUUUGGAGGUUUUAAACAUGGUUUUGCUUUGCUCUGGAAAUAUUCAAUAUGUGUUAAGAAGGACUUGAAGGAACAAUGCGUACAUGAUGCUCAGAGAUGACAGAACUGGGACAGUGAAGAACAGGAGAUGCCAUCUCACAUGAUGUUAUUUAUACAGUUCUUGAUACACAUAUUUAUUGUAUGUAUUUAUUUAUUUGAAAAUAUAAAUAUAUAUUUUUACAUCUAAAAAGUAGAUUUUUUAUUAGACCAAACAGUAGAAGGUGCUUUGAAAUAGUGGCAAAGCUGUUCUUUUUAUGUGACGGAAGCUGUGCAAGUGAAUUAUUAUCUCUGCUAUGAUAUUAAGAAAGAUUCCUAUUGCAAAUGUAUGAAGAAUGCCAUGAGACUCUGUGAUUUUAAUAAAUUUGUUUCAAGCAGGAUUCCCCAGAAUGGCACGCUGCACAGUACAUUCCACAGGCCAUUAAAUCAAGUAUUAUAAUUAAAAAGCUUGUUUUGUUUGAUUUGAUAUUAAUUAUGAAACCAUUAUUAUCUGGAAAACAUAAAAUAUCUAAUAGAUAAUAGAGUACGUUUUAAUGGGACAGUUCGCCCCAAAAAUAAGAAUUCUGUUAUAAUACCCUUACCCUUAUGUCAUUUCAAGCUUGUAUUUCUUACUUGUAUCGAAUUGUGAAUAACUUUUUAUUUUUGGCUGAACCAUCCCUUUAAGUUUCUGUUUAGCCGAGACCCAGGGUUGUCCUGCACUCAUCAGCAUCAAAGGUCUUUUGCCAGACCUUCUCAGGUAACAGCUACACAAUGACUGAAUCUGAGUGAAAUAAAAACUGACCUUUACUUUUGGGUCAAACCCAAAUUUAGAGUAAUCUCAGCUGAUGCUUAGUAGUGAUGCCUGCUAAAUGUUUUAAACAAAGUUAUAAAGAGAAUACACUAUACACUUUUCAGAUACUGUUUUAACUCCUAUCAAUAAACUCCACUAGGUUUUGUGUUUUCUUUGACAGAUAGUACCGGCAUUCUCACAUGAAACCAAGCAAGAAGCUCUGGGGUAGAUGAUAUGAAAUUUAAGCACCACAGGCUAAACUUGCCUGAAUGUUGUUUAACGGCUGAAUGAGACAUUUCCACAACAAUGACUAAAGAGGCACAUCUGUACACAGUUUCUAAACAGAUGAGAUGACAUUUUAUGUUGAAGCAUGAACAUAUAGUCUGUGAUCUCAGUAUCUCUGUGAUGGUGAGCCAGGCUCUGUCUUGAGAUGGGAGUGUACCUGUAACAUUUUACUGGAGUUACAGUGUGGGAUUUUCCCCAUCUUAAAACCAUAGAGUGAUUUUUAACAACAUAUAAAUGAGGAUUGAGGAUGAGUGUGCAUAUAUACCGUAUGCUUCGCUCCAUUCAGAAAUUAAAGAUAAAUUAUUUAAAAUCACAAAAUGUUCUGAUUUCUACCAUAUAUAGAUGGAGUUUGUAAAACGUGGUUUAACAAAUAAAAAGUCAACAUUU